ACUGUGUAAUAUGCCCCAGGCACCUCAAAUAGAAUUGCUGCCGCUCAAAGCCGCUGGUAGCCCCUCCAAAAAAGCUCAAGAGAGCCCCACCGUGGAUGCAACAAGCACUCGGGCACAGUGGGUGUCCUCCUAUGGUAACAAACCCCCGAAGAAGGGAGCGUCGUUUUCAGACCAUUGGCUUCCUGUCGGUCCCGGUUACUUGGACCUUGAUGCACUCGAGUCUGGCUACCAUGCCCACUUGAUGAUCAUGCACGACUCGACUUCUUGGCUUCAGUCCGGGAUGACGGCCAUCAAGGGUUUCAUGCGCAGGUUCGCUCAAGGCUAUGGCACUGCCAGCCAAUGUUUGUUGGAGGAAGCCAUUCGACGGGGUGCUGUACUGCCGGUGCACCGCCUGCUAUUCAUUGAGGCAAUCUGA